GACACGCAUGCUGCGUUCCUGGUCCUUCAAAGAUGCAAAGUCAGUGGCCAUGCCUUUUGAUCCUGCUGCUCUUAAUCGCACUCGCCCUGGCUGCGGGCGCAUACUACACCAUACUUCACCCGAAACAGAUUCAUCUGGAGAGCUGCUACCUCAAAGGCGGAUCCUGCCGAGAAACGUGGAACUGCGAGGAAAGGUUCCGCUGUCGGGUGCGUACUACGUGCAUCAACAAGCGGAAGAUCUGCUGCAUGAAAACGAUGCAGAUAAGGAGCCUUCAGGAUGCCGAGUACUACGUCGAGUGAAGGUCCUGGGGAUUGCGGAAACAUGCCACUUUUAUUGCAAUCCAUGUCUUGUA